GCCUGGGAGCGCCGCCGGACCGGCUCCCAUGCGCCCGGGAGCCUGCUGAGCGCCGGCCGCCCGUGCCCCAGACGAGGAAAGAAUGUGGCGGGUGGUGUUCUUUGCGCUGGGCUGGGCCCUGGCCCUGGCGGCCGCCCACGGCAACUUUCGGAGGAGCAUGGACGGCGGCGGGCGGCAGCAGUACCAGGUCCAGCACGGCCCCUGCAGCUACACCUUCCUGCUGCCCGAGGCGGACAGCUGCCGCCCGGCAUCCGGCCCCUCCGUGUCCAACGCCGUGCAGCGGGACGCGCCGCUCGACUACGACGAGGACUCGGUGCAGAGGCUGCAGGCGCUGGAGAGCGUCCUGGAGAACAACACCCAGUGGCUCAUGAAGCUGGAGAGCUACAUCCAGGACAGCAUGAAGAAGGAGAUGGUGGAGAUGCAGCAGAACGCGGUGCAGAACCAGACGGCGGUGAUGAUCGAAAUAGGCACGAACCUGCUGAACCAGACGGCCGAGCAGACGCGCAAGCUCACCGACGUGGAGGCGCAGGUGUUAAAUCAGACAACGAGACUCGAACUUCAGCUUCUGGAACAUUCCCUCUCCACAAACAAAUUGGAAAAACAGAUUUUGGAUCAGACCAGUGAAAUAAACAAAUUGCAAGAUAAGAACAGCCUCCUGGAAAAGAAGGUGCUGGACAUGGAGGACAAGCACGUCGUCCAGCUGCAGUCCAUGCGGGAGGAGAAGGACCAGCUGCAGGUGCUGGUGUCCAAGCAGAGCUCGGCCAUCGAGGAGCUGGAGAAGCAGCUGGUGAGGGCGACGGCGAACAACUCGGCCCUGCAGGAGCAGCAGCGUGACCUGGUGGAGGCGGUGCGCGGCCUGCUGACCCUGGUGUCCGCGCCGGGCUCGAAGACCGCCGCCGCGGCGGCCAAGGAGAAACAGACCGUCUUCAGAGACUGCGCGGAAGCGUUCAAGGCCGGCCGCACCACCAGCGGCGUCUACACGCUGACCUUCCCCAACUCCACGGAGGAGGUCAAGGCCCACUGCGACAUGGAGACGGCCGGCGGGGGCUGGACGGUCAUUCAGCGGCGCGAGGACGGCAGUGUGGAUUUCCAGAGGACUUGGAAGGAGUACAAAGUGGGCUUCGGGAACCCCGCGGGCGAGUACUGGCUGGGGAACGAGUUCGUGUCGCAGCUGACCAGCCAGAGGCGCCACGCGCUGCGCAUCCGCCUGGCGGACUGGGAGGGCGGCGAGGCCUACGCGCUGUACGAGCACUUCUACCUCUCGGGCGAGGACCUCAACUACAGGAUUCACCUUAGAGGGCUGUCGGGCACGGCCGGCAAGAUCAGCAGCAUCAGCCAGCCGGGGAGCGACUUCAGCACCAAGGACGCCGACAAGGACAAGUGUGUCUGCAAGUGCUCGCAGAUGCUCACCGGAGGCUGGUGGUUCGACGCAUGCGGCCCUUCCAACCUGAACGGAAUGUACUACCCCCAGCGGCAGAACACCAACAGGUUCAACGGCAUCAAGUGGUACUACUGGAAGGGCUCAGGCUACUCGCUCAAGGCCACAGCCAUGAUGGUCCGGCCCGCGGACUUCUGAGGGCCUGCUCGGGCCGGGCCAGGGCGGGCUGCUCGGCUGUCCCAGACUCGGUCCCAGAGCUCUGAGGACGCCGCUGUGCUGCCACCUCCACCAUCUCAGAGGGGCGCGUGCCCACGGGGGCUCUGCGGCAGAGCCCCGCAACCCCACCACGGGCACCUGCUCCAGUCGAGGAACCGCCCCCACCCCGUGCCCCGGCGGGGUAGCUCUGCGAAGACACUUGGAGCUCGCAGGGAGGACUCGCAGACCUGCUGCCACUCCAGGGCGCCCCGUGACAGCUCCUCCGUAAAUAACUGGAAAACAGACGCUCGGGCCCGUCUGGGGGUUGGGGGGAGAGGCUUGAGGC